AUGGCAGCUCCAAAUGAGGUCAAUUUGUAUGUGCGAGUAGCUGUUCGAUUGCCCAACUAGUCGCAGCUACUCGUGGAUAGGUAAGUGACACAAAGGCUCAGGUGUAAUCUCAAACGCUGGACUAUCGUGACGUUUUGGUGGACGUGGACAACUUCUUUCUGAGCAGCUCCGUAGCCGAUCUUCGGUCCAGCAACGGUACGGCAGACUAAUCCAUGUGGAUGGGCCUUUCUGCCAUACUCCCUACUACACAUAUACUUGGUACAUCAGAGUCACUUUUUAUUACCAAACUGCUCCAUACCCACACUCCAUACUCAUACCUACCUAGUCGGUCCUCCCGUCAUUCUGCCCUCCCCUCGUAGGUCUUGAAGUCGUUCUGCCCCCCCUCCCCCCACCAACGCUCACCUUUCAUUUCCUCCCGUCGCCUUCUCGAAUUCUUGCGACUUCGGACCUCUCCCGCUCACCAGCCAAACACAUCCACCGCCCACCACUCACUACGCACGUGCAAACAGCUUCCUUCUCUGACCGGCAGCUGGUUCAGAGCUCAGGCUCGGUGUUUUCUUCUUCCAACCUCAAAUCUACUUUUCUUCGUUUUCAACUCAAUUCCCGCUCUGGGCAUCGCAUCGUGGAAGGGACCUGACUCUCAUUUAACCGACGAAUUCGUCAUUCUCAGCCUCGCUCAACUACUACCACUUAAUACCACCCGCACUCGUAUUUGUUAGCCAGUCACCAUGAGAUUGUAGGACGGAGCUGGUGUCACUUGCGUCAAUAAUAUACCUAAAUCGGUACCUCUCAACGGAGCCUUCCCUUCUCUCUACAGCCACUCCUUCGCUCAUCCUCAAGGGUGUAGCGGGUCCUAGCACCGCAUUAUGUACGUCUUAAACAUCUUGCAUCCCCGAAUCCUCAUCACGGGAGGUUGCAGUCUUAAACUCUCUUACCUUGGCCUUGGCGUGUGUGAGAGAUCAACUAACUCAUACUGACCCGUCUUCUAUUUAUAGGAAGUUUGGCAAACAGAUUCAGAAGAGGCAGCUUGAAGUUCCCGAGUAUGCAGCCAGCUUCGUAAACUACAAGGCGCUGAAGAAGGUCCGUCCAUAAGAUUCCUUGUUACACAAAAAAGCAAUACUUCAAGCCUACUCGAGUGAUUAUCAACCAAACACUCAAACAUGUGUGCUGACACACUGGUGCCUGUAGCUUAUCAAGAAGCUCUCUGCCACGCCAAUUAUCCUUUCUCAGAGCGAUGUUCACCGCCAAAGUCAUGUCCCUGAUUCUCAAACUGCUUUGCAAGCAAACAAAGCUACAUUCUUCUUUCAACUGGUAGGUCAUGGUCUCGGAAUAUAAGACCCCAUGCUGAGAUGAGUGUACAGGAACGAGAGCUAGAGAAGGUCAAUGCUUUCUACCUUCAAAAAGAAGCCGAGGUUUGAAGCAUUUUUCAUACUGAUUUCCGAGACUCGGUUAACACAAUAUAGCUCAAAAUCCGCCUGAAGACUCUCCUAGACAAGAAGAAGGUUCUUCAAUCUCGAACCGCAACUGCUUCUCGGCGAUCCGCCAAAUUUACAACCUUGGAAGAGGGAUUUCAACAAUUCGGAAAUGACCUCAAUAAAUUACAGCAAUUCGUCGAAAUCAACGGAACAGCAUUCUCUAAGAUCUUGAAGAAAUGGGACAAAAGCUCCAAAUCGAAAACCAAGGAACUUUACUUAUCUCGUGCUGUCGAAGUUCAACCAUUCUUCAACGCUACUGUCAUCAGCGAGUUGUCUGAUCAAGCAACAACAAGUCUUCAGGAGUUGGGCGCGUGGGUGGAAGGAGAUCAUGUUAGUUUUGAUCGAAAUCCAGACCACAUCGUGAGCAGCCAACAUCUACUGGGAACCGAUGAAGGUGACGCCGAUAGUCUUCUCCUGGAGACUAUGAUUUCUGGAAACCUGGAUUCCCUGAAAGAUCUACUUUUACGGUUAAAGACGGCUCCAGACCCAAAUGGUUCUCGUGGUGUCGCAUUGUUGGAACGAAUUACAAGAACUUUUCUUGCCGCGAUCAAUGAAGCGCCAGAAUCUUCUCUGCAACUUCUUCUGGAUACCAACCUUGUUGAUGUGCAAUCUGAAGAUGACAUCAACGAACGAAAUUGCCUUCAUCAAGCUGCUAUUUAUGGAAGUUCUUUCGUCCUCAAAGUUGGCCUUUCUACUGCCGUACUAGUAAAUCGCACAGAUGUUUAUGGUCGUGUGCCACUUCAUUACGCCUGUAUGCAUGGGCGGUUGGAUAUGAUGGAAGCUUUACUAAAUGGUAAAAUUCAGAACCCCCCUUUUCUUACAUGCGCUAAGCGAAAACAGCCGACACUACAACAGUUGAUCUUAUUGACCACGACAACUUUACGCCCCUCAUCCAUGCCAUUAUUCAUGGUCACCUUGAGUGUGCGCAAAGACUGUUAGUACGAUCUGCUCGUCUAGACCCCAGCUCGGAUACAGAUCACGUACCGCUGAAUUUGGCCUGCGAGCAUGUUUCUGUUGAGAUAGUGGAGCUACUUUUAAAACAUGGUGCAACCAUUCUACCCGAUGCAGAAGGCUUGUACCCACAGCAUCUCGUUGCGCGAUCUGGUCAAACUCCGCAGCUACUUUUGCUUCUCAAGGAUUACGGCGCCGACCUGGAUCAAAUUGAUAAGCUUUACUCUUGGACCCCAUUAUUCCAUGCAGCGAGCGAAGGCAAUGUUCCAUGUAUGCAAACGCUACUAGAUUUUGGGGUGAAAACUAGCCUUUUGGAUGAGAAAGACCUUUCGGCAAUGUACUAUGCUGCAUGGGAGGGGCAUUUGGAGUGCAUGCGAUUACUGUCUUCAAUACCGUUGGAGACCAAAAGACAGGCUAGUCAGGCAACGCAAUUUGGUCUCACAAUGGGAAGUAGUGCUCCUAUGCCUAUGAGUAUUGAUGCAGAUGGCAUUCCCGAACUCGAAUUACCACCUCCUAUCAUUCCCCUACGCCGUUACGGUCAUAAUUUCCUUGACACCAAGACUUUUAUACAAAUCAACUUCGAAGAAAAUGGCGAGCAGCCUAUGGUCUUUUUCCAUGACAGCAAAUAUCCCGCUUCACGUCUUACGAUUUCCUCGAAACUUUCCGAUUUGAUACCCAAGAAUAUUCUCCUUCCGUUUCAGGAAGAUACCCGACUUGUUUCUUUCCAGAUUGAUAAUUUAGAAUCUUUUGCAAUCGAUUUCGAGGUGUUUCCCACCUAUGGCGCGAAACUAAUUGCCAAAGCUGUCGCAUUACCUAGUACAUUUCGAGCAUUAUUGAGCAGCUCUGGACGAUGCUCUCUAGCCCUUAUGGACCCAAGAUUAAGAGCUAUUGGACAGAUGACAUUUAAUUUCCACGUCAUCAAACCUUUCCAGGGUAAAGCAUUGGAGAUUACGGAUUUUGAAACUUAUUGGAAAGCUACUAGUCAAUUUGACCACAAGCCCAAUGCGUUUAUCACUGGUUCAAGUUUAUCUGGACAAUACGUACAACUUCUCGUUCAGCAUACCUGCGAUGGUGUCCCCGUACUCUGGCCAAGAUGGACUAUCGAUUACAUGGAUAUUGAAUUUCCAGUCAGUCGUCUUACAUAUGCGCAAUUCGUCAGUGCUGGGUCUCGACGUGCUAGAAAAGCUGAAGAUAUUUCAACGCUACCAAAUCUGUCGCCAGAUAGUAUUGAGCAAGUUCAUCAGAUCCUAUCAAGCUCGGCUGUUUCUCUCAAGGAUGCAUUGGACCUUUUGCCACGAGGAAUGAAUGCUAAUCUCCAAGUUCUUUAUCCUUCCGUGGAAGAAGAAAAGGCACUUCGUCUUGGCCCUGUCGUCGACAUCAACUCAUUUGGGGAUGCAGUUCUUGGCGUUGUCUUUGACCAUGUGCGAACGCUCCGGGAGCAGCAUCCCGACUCGAUGAGAUCUAUCGUCUUCAGUUCGUAUAACCCUACGGUCUGCACGGCACUGAAUUGGAAACAACCAAAUUAUCCAGUUUUCUUGUGUAAUGACCUGGGCCGGGAAGGUGAGGUGAUUGAUGCUUCGAAUGCUAUAUCUAGUAGUGGGAGACGAACGACAUCGAUCAAGGAGGCAGUGAGAAUUGCGCAAGACAACAACUUUAUGGGCUUGAUUUGCGUUUCUAGACUCUUGGUAAGUCCAUCACCUCCUUCAUUCAAAUGUAUAACAAUCCGUACUGCAGAAGAACUCGCUAAUGUUUUUUGUGAUAGGAUAUGGUUCCCGCGUUGGUUGAAGCUAUCAAAGCUCAAGGGCUGGUUCUUGUGAUGGAUAGAACUGCCGAGGCAUCGGAGCGAAUGGAUCUCCAUGAUCCUUUCCCUAGACUUCCCGAGGGUAUUGACGGGGUUUUGAAGGCGAAUGGGGUGUUGAGGUUUAAUGAGAGUAUUAAUAUGUAAUUGAUAGAAAGGGUUAGGGUAGAUUGAUUGAGGAUGAGACAAUUGAAGUUUUUGGAGACGACUUUUU